CUAACUUGGGCUUGCGGGAACAACAUCCCCAAGCAACCUCGCAACCACUCGAUGUACAUCCAAUCCUCUGCACCUUCCGUCUUUCUUUUCCUCAAUCAUCAUCGACACGCUAUUCUGUAAUUAUAAACGAGAUACUAACCGAUCCGACCCUUUGUGCUUCGCAGCGAAAUUCGUAGCAUCAUGGCUGACCAGGACAACUUCGAGGAGGAUCUUUUCGCAGACCUCUACGACGACAACGACGCAUCCAAGCCAGCGCCUACUACGACGAGCGGGAGCGUCGCUGAAUCGGCCCCUGCUGCUGCCGCUCAGGAUAACGGGGCUGCUGGAGCCGAGGAUGCGAACAAUGACCAGGAGGAAGACGAUGACGACGACGACGACGAUGUCGACUUCAACCUAGGCGGACCCUCGACAGGGAUGAGCAGUAACACUGCGGCCGCUGAGACCGUCUCUCAUAGUAUGUCAGAGACGCGCGAUUCUCAUGAUGUAUACGGGGCCCAAGAUGGCGGACAAAGUGCGCAAACUCCCACAUUCGGAUCCGUACACAAGGCAAGUGCCAAAGACGAUGGAAAGAUGUUCAUUGGCGGCCUUAACUGGGAGACCACAGAUGAGUCUCUUCGCGAAUACUUUGAACAAUUCGGCGAGGUCGUUGAAUGCACAGUCAUGCGCGACAGCGCCACUGGUCGCUCAAGGGGCUUCGGGUUCUUGACAUUCAAAGAGGCCAAAACCGUCAACACAGUCAUGGUCAAAGAGCACUUCCUAGAUGGCAAGAUUAUCGACCCCAAGCGCGCUAUUCCCCGCGAUGAGCAAGAGAAGACUAGCAAGAUCUUUGUGGGAGGCGUCAGUCAGGAAACCACCGACCAGGAGUUCAAGGACUACUUUGCUCAAUUUGGCCGCGUAGUUGACGCCACUCUGAUGAUGGACAAGGACACUGGUCGACCUCGUGGAUUCGGCUUCGUGACAUUUGAAAGCGAGGCGGGCGUCGACGCUUGUAUCAAUGUGCCGCUGGAGAUUCACGGCAAGCCCAUUGAAGUGAAGAAGGCGCAGCCGCGCGGUAACCUUCGGGAGGAAGAGGAGGCACAGAAGCGCAUGAAGUUCCAAGGCCGAGGGGGCGAUCAAGGCCAGGGCAACAUGGGACAAGGCAUGCAAAAUGGCAUGACACCCCAGCUCAUGGCGCAGUACUUUCAGCGCAUGAACCAGUACUUCCAGAUGAUGCAGUCGCAGAUGGCUAUGCGAGGUGGCAUGGGCCAGAUGAACCCCCAGAUGAUGCAGCAAAUGAUGCAGAUGCAACAGAUGCAGCAGAUGAUGGGCCGCGGCGGCGGCGCCGGUGGUGGCGUCGGAGGCCAGCAGCAAAUGAACCCUCAGAUGAUGCAACAGAUGCAACAAAUGCAGCAGAUGCAGCAGCAGAUGAUGAACCAGCAAGGCGGUGGUGAAGGUCAGGGCGGGAACAUGGGAGGCGGCGGCUUCAACCAAGGCUUCCAGCAACCUCAGCAGGGCGGUGGCUUCCACGGCGGAGGUGGCGCUCGACGAGGUGGACGUGGAGGUUACGGCGGCGGGUACGGAGGCGGAGGUGCUGGCCAGCAGCAGGGAGGCUCGCAGAGCUCAUAUGAGGGCAUGUACGAUGAUCAUCCUCAGCCAGCGGGAGGCAACGCGCCGCCCGCGAAUGCGCCCACCGGCCCGAAGAACGCAGGUCGCCCUGGCGCCAACUACCGCGGAGGCGGCCGUGGAGGCAACCGCGGGUUUCAUCCGUAUGCGAGGUAGAGAGCGUGAGUGGAUGAAGGGCAGUGAUUGUGCGACUUUGGGACAUGUGGAGGACCCCUUUGAUGCCGGGAGGAGUCGCGCUAUCACCGGGAGCCCGAGGGGCAGCGCGAAGAGGAUCAUGAUCAUCAUCAAAUGGGCGGGCAAUCUAGCAGACCAUGAACGGUUGAAGGUGUACGACAAGUCAGGGAGGGUACUUUAACAUACCUUUGCUUGCGAAUAGCCCUGGAACCCUCUAACUAGCCUCCCAGGGCUUCUAUCAGAGGUUUACUUAUACAUGUAAUUUAAACAACCAUGCAAUUCUUGUUCAGCCGAAAGUACAACAGUGCCUUUACUACUUACAGGUAGGCCUCCCCAUCAAGUGAUAUGGGCACAUCAAGAAAAUACGGAACUUGGCUUCUCUUGUGGCGGUGGCUGGUGAGCACGUCACAACGUUUGGAGCGUUGACGACGACACCACAGCGAGGACACAUUGUGU